AUGACAUGGUCACCAUUCGAGGAGGGCGAUAAUCGUGGCGAGGCCAAUGGGAAGGCCCCUCAUUUCAUCGAGGCUUACGGGUUCAACUCGCAAGGUGACACUGCAUGCUUUCCCACAUACACUUAUCCGGCAUGGAAUGGGGACACUGUGACCAAAACCUUAACCGACUAUGGCUUCCGAGCACAUCCUGAAGACCCCAUGUUUGUCUGGCCCUACGAGUACCCCUUCAAUUUCUAUAAGCGGGUUCCCCCAACCGCUGACAUACCGUCGGAGCCGGAGGUGGUCAACUGGCUAAGAGUCAAACGAGAUGUUGCUCUGGGUGUGCUGAACCAGGAUCUGCCAAUUUCCGCCAUUGAGGAUGCCGAAGGAGCCGAGUUGUUGUCAAAAGCUGCCGAAGCUUUCUUGGAUCACCAUUCUGAGGCGGAACCAGCGGCAACACACGCAGCGGAGUUUUCUAUACCCACGGGGACUGAUGCAGCGGUAGGAUCUAGUUGGCAGCCUUGGAGCGAACAGCACAUGCCUGUUGAGACAGGAGUGCCCGGGGCCGAGGAGCAAGAUGACAGCCGUAUGAUGCGAAGAAGGCGGCAGCAUUUGCAGGAGCACCAGCAGAGACAUGCCCAUGGACAUUGA